AUGAACAAUGAAAUGAAUGAUACCUAUAUUUUUCUGGAUGGGUAUGUGGAAAUUAGCAAAUACAAAUAUGCUUAUUUUUUCAUAAUGUUUUCUGCCUAUGUUCUCAUCAUUUGCAGUAAUUUGACUAUUGUUUAUCUCAUAUGGGUUAACAGAAACCUCCAUGAACCAAUGUAUGUUUUCAUUGCUGCAUUGCUGGUGAAUUGUGUUCUUUACAGUACCACCACUUACCCAAAGCUUUUGAUUGACAUUUUCUCUGAAAAACAGAAGAUAACUUAUGAAGCCUGUCUCCUUCAGUUUUAUUUCUUUUACUUUAUAGGGCCAGCAGAAUUCUUUCUAUUAGCAGUCAUGUCCUAUGAUAGAUAUGUGUCUAUAUGCAAGCCUCUGCUAUAUCCGACAAUUAUGACAAACAUCACUAUCACUGUUUUCCUGUUUUUCUCUUGGUUUAUACCUGCUUGUCAUGCAUCAAUUCCACUAAUAAUGCUCAGCAACACUAAAGGUAAACUAUGUAAUUUUAAUAUUAAAGGGAUAUUUUGUAAUAAUGCAAUUUACACCCUUCAGUGUGCAAUGCCUAGAGCUCUUGCUAUAUUUGGUGUAUUUGCCAUACUAGAUAUUGUAAUGCUUCCAAUACUUUUCAUUCUAUUCUCAUAUACAAAGAUACUGAUCAUUUCUUACAGGAGCAGUAAAGAGGUCAGGAGGAAAGCUGCUGAGACAUGUUUACCCCACUUGUUGGUGUUAUUCAGUCUAACUUUGUUGAGUGUAUAUGACAUAAGCAUUGUUCGAGUGGAAUCAGAGUUUUCAAAGACAGUUCGUUUAAUCAUGACAUUACAGAUUGUUCUGUAUCAUCCUUUAUUUAAUCCCUUUAUAUAUGGCUUCAAAAUGAAGGAAAUUUACAAACAUCUGAAGCAGUUGUUAUGGAAAGCAAAGGUAGUCUUAAGUAAAAAUCAGCAGUAA